AUGGAACUUCCAGCAGUUGUUAAAAAUAUCGAGCUUCCUGCUUCGGUUAAAAACAUAGAGUUACCCGAUGCCGUGAAAAAUAUUGAGCUUCCUAGUGUUGUGAAAAAUGUCCCAAAUGUUGUUAAGAACGUCCCUACUGUCGUGAUGAACAAUGUUCCAGAGGUCGUGAAACAUAUUCAAGUUCCUACAAAUCUUAAUACUCAAAUAUUUUCUUCGUUCGCUACAAGUGCUUUUACAAGCGUCGCGUCUUUAACGAAAUCAAUUCAACAAAAAGUAGAAGAAACUACAAAAGAUAUGCAACAACAGCAUCAAGAAUUUAUUAAACAAAUUAAGGAAGAAACACUUGAGCCAAAGACGGGAACUGAGGCAGUUCCACCAUGGAUUGGACUUCCAAAUGAAGAUGAACUUAAAGACCGUAUAUUGGCAUUAUCUCUGGAUAAACGUAAUUUUACUAUUCCUCCACCAGAAAAUACAAACUUUCAAUUUGACAUAAAUAUAUAUUUUCAGACAGCUAUGGCAACUCUUAAAGCUGAUUCUCACUUAAAACGAAUGCGAUUUGAGCUGACUGCAUUGGGCUCAAUUGAUGGUGUUGUUUUAGAAAACGAGGUUUUUUCUAAAAAUUCUACUGAAAUUUCGGAAUCUAUGCCCAAUGGAAAUGAGGAUAAAGAAAAUCAUGAUCCAUCUAAUAAAGAGGUGUUAUUUGAUGCCACAAAGGGAGAAGAUGCUUGGAUUGAAGAUUUUGAUAGUGCUGCUGCUUUAGUGGGUUCAGAUGGUGAUGUAGAAGAGCCUGAGAACUGGGAAGAACAAUUAAAAGAGCAUUUAUCUUCAAC